GCCACUUGCAUUCCCUCCCAUUGUAUUAUACCCCAGUAUCUGAUUUUUUGCAUUAGAAGAGAAAUUGCAAGCAAUUUUUCUAACAUGAACUAACCUUACAUAAGAAAAUCACUAAAUAACUGUUUUGGGAUGGAAUCCUCUAGCAUUGCUUAAGUAUUUAGAGAGUUGUAUAAUAUACGAUUGUACAUAGUUGAGGAACAAGUAACUUGAUUUUUUGUUGAUAUUUUAGGGCUUUAUUUUUGAUUAAAUGGACGAAAAGCGUCUAUUGAACGACCUUGAAGUUUGCCCUGACAGUGGCAUUCUCAAGAAAGCUUUAAGUCAUUAUAAAGAAGCUGUUGAAUCUGAAAAGGAAGGUGAUAUUGGUACCUCUUUAAACAGGUAUCGUUUGGCUCAUAAAGUUCACGAGGAUGUGGAGGUAAUUUAUCGUCGAUUAGAGCGUUUGGCGUUCCAAAACAAAAAAGAGCAGAGCGACGGGGAACAGAAAAGAGCUUCCGAAGAAGAAUCGAUUAAGAGCAGUCAAGCAGAUCAACUCUCUAAAGAUUUAACUCAACCCUCCGUGACACCAUCACUCAUACCCAAACUUCCAGACGAGGUUUUGCUUCUUAUAGUAGAACAAUGCUUUGAAAACCUAAAUGACUUGUCGUAUCUUCCUCUUAUAGCUCAAAGCUGUAAACUGUUUGCCAAGGCGUGCCGAGUCGAUUCACUUUAUCGCCAAUUUUGUUAUUUCAGUUACCAACAAUCCGAGUGGCAGCAAACAAAGGAAGACAUAGAAGAAGAAUUUUCGUCUGUAUAUCACCGAAGCUGGAAGGAGAUGUAUUUAAAAAAACCACGGAUUCGGUUUGAUGGCUGUUAUAUUUCGGUAUGCAGAUAUUUUCGACCAGGCGUUAGUGAUACCAGUUGGAAUCAACCUGUCCAUUUAAUCUCUUAUUAUCGUUACCUUCGAUUCUAUCCAGAUGGCACUUGCAUGGUUUUUCGAACCAAUACGGAACCAAGAUACAUCGUUAGGAGCUUUGGCCGACACACGUCUGCUUUUUUUACACCCUCUUCUUCGAAUCCUACUUUUAGUAAUGGUGAAGUCGCUUACAUGGCUACAUGGUCAAUGUCUCCAGCUGGCCAAAUUUUGCUUUCACAUCCCGUUGGUCGAGCCUAUACAUACGCGCAAAACUUACAAGUCAAAGGAAGCCGUUUGAAAUGGGUCUCCUUUUACUCCGUUGACAAUGAAACUUUUGAGACGUGUGAUUUCCCUUUAACGCAUCAUCGAGAUUACGUUUUUUCGCGAGUUUACAGUUAUAAUUCAGAAAAAACAGAGCUAUAGUUUAGAAAUAUAUGUGAAAUGUUGACUAUUCAAGAAUAACCGUAAGUGAAUGCGCAAAAACAAUAGAAAUGAAG